CAACUCAUUUUACUUCUGAAUGUUGCUCAUGGAUUCUAAAGGUUGGGGAUCCCUGACGUAACGGCUCAGCUGUGCCAUGCGCAUACCUGGCUGCACUUUGAGGCGGAUAAUCCAGCCACAUUACUUGAAGCGUUGUACUUUGAUUCAAUAGAAGGUCUUAAAAAUGCUCUGUAUAGACCAAGGAAACAUAUAAAGCCUCUAAUUCCAGUGUUAGCGGCCACAAAGAAAGCAUGGGAUCAGACACAGAAGAUAGUGGACCCCCACUCGAAUGAUAUAUCACCAGAGUCCCCCUUAUAGUUUAACAGCUCACUGCCACACUUCCAAAAUCUACCAAUUUUGUCGCUAUGGGCAGGUACAGCAGUUAAGAGGCUCAAAUAUCUGCUACAGGAAGGUACCUUUAUGACAAGACCACAGAUGGUGUCAAAUGAAGAGUUAGCACAUACACCCCUAUAUGCAUAUUUUCAGAUUCACCAUGCCUUUCAGAUGCAAUUCCAAAGUAGGCCACAGAAUAUACAACAAUCUUCACUUGAAAAAUCUCUACUAAACCCAUCUAAACAGAAAUUAAUGUACAUGUACAAGGUACUAUUAGGCAAUAUUUAUGACCCUCUCCCACGGGUGAAACUUAAAUGGGAAGCUAUUACACCUCCCUUGGGUGAGGAGGAGUGGGAAGAGGUAGCAGACACUAUGCAGGGACCUCUGGUUAGUGCAAGGGAUAGGCUAGGGCACUUCAAAAUUUAAUGUGGGAAUGUCAAGAUAUACAGGGUUUCUGGUCACAAAUCAUAGCCUUUAUGGCAGAGGAGUUAUCUCUUCCAAGAAUCUUAGAUCCCAGAGUGUGCCUAUUGGGCUUUGUACAUUCAGUGGCCCCUUUGAAUUGUACUAGGACUUUGCUAAGACUUCUUUUAUCUUAUGGGAAAAAGACAAUAGCCAUGCACUGGAUGAACGCUCUGCCACCUACCAUCCACCAGUGGAAGAACAUGGUUAAUACACAAUUGGAGUUGUACAAAUUGACUAACCUGUCCAGAGGAGCAUUGGACAAAUUUCAUAAAGUUUGGGAUCCGUGGACAUCAUCUUUAGCAACAAACUAGGCGCUGUUUUUGCCUUUUUUGUUUUAUCUAAAUAAAUAAAAAGAUACAAAAUAUCAGAAAAUAGAAAUCAGAUAAAAACAACAAAAGAGAAAGUAAGCAGAAUUUGCACUUGCACAUUUUUUAUCUACUGUAUAGCUGGUUUCUCCUGAAAAUACCUUUACCUUAACUAAUUCAGAUUGCAGCAUAGAAAGCACUUUAUUUGCUUCCAUGAUAAUUGCUGAAAAAUUUGGAAAAUGGUAAUUUAGGAGAUUUGUCACCCACAGUAGCAAUGACAGGCAAGAAGUCUCUUGUGCCACAACAAUGUGCUUGUGCCAGUAUACACUGUCUUUCACUGUGCAUAAUGUCCUUGACAUACCAGUAGCCAUUGUCUUACACUGCACAUAAUACGCUUGGUGUGUCAGUGCCCAUUGCCAUGGGGACCACAUUGUGCCAUGAAACGUUGGGGACCAAAGUAACAAGAUAAAGUGACAGAGAGUUAAACAGGCAGGGUUACAGCAGCAGUAGCAUGAAGAGAAGCAGAGGCAGGCACUACUUUCUCACCCAACCCUGGAACCCCAUGUCAGCCACCAACACUGGGGGGGGCAACCAAAAUGGUUCCCAUUGGACCCCACCGUUGUUAAGACUGGCCCUGGAUACAUAGUCUUACAUUUUUCAACAUUAAAUCUCAUCUGCCAUCCUGUUGCAAGGGUGUCACAUCCUGGAUAAAUUGUAUAGUUAGUUUUGUCAUCUGCAAAAACUGAUACAUUACUUACAAUGCCCUAAGUCAUUAAAGUACACUUUUUUGUUGCACUUUGUCAAAAGCUUUGUCAAAAAUGGCACAAGUCAGCCCUGUCCUUAACACCUGCCAUGCUGCACAGAGCAAAAGGGCCUGCAGCAAUUUGAAAACAGCAGAAAGCAGUGUACAAAGUGAGUGUGGACUUUGCACACUGUGUUCUGAUAUGUAAAUGACCUCUGUUGUGUUUCCCUGUGCAUUGCUCUAGAAUGAAGACAUUAAAUGCCUGAUGAAGGUAGACAUCUUCUUUGCUGCAUGCCAACCUUAUGCAUAUAAGGAGCAGCAAAGGAUGUGUAUAACAAUAUUUUGUCCUUGCAUGCCUGAAGGAUAGUGCCCAGAGCAAAACUAAGCAAUGACCAAUUAUAAAUUCUUAGCUAGUAAUGAAGAUUGAUCUUAAAUAAAAUGCUGUAUGAGCAUUACAUAGCAUGAGUAGAAAAAAACUUCCAUUUGGGAGUUAGUGAGUUAGACCCAAGACUGCUGUAGGUAGAAAUUUACUCAUUAGUGAAGGAAAACCAACAUGGCUAAAUAGGAAUUCCAUAUUCAACAAGAGAGGAAUACACUUAAUUUGGCUGCAGGUUUGACUGUGGCAAACUCUAGUUUUACCAUUUGAUAAGUAUGUCCCGUUUUCCUUUCAUUAGAUCACCAGAUCUAGGGUGGGUAGCAGAGAUUUUAAUAAAGUUUAGAAGUAUGACUUUUGAUGCAGAGUCAAGUGAAAUAAUACCAAAGAAUUCUUUGUGAUUCAUUAAGUAAAGUCACCAAUAAAUACAUGUUGCCAAAAUUACUGUCAGCAUGACAUUUGCAGUCAGAGGGGGGGGGGCUAAAUUCCUUUUUCUUAGCUGUAUAAAUUCCAGUGAUACUGACUAACUUUAAUUUCCAUGUUUGACGUCUUUUUCAGAUCUUGGCAUUGUCUAUAAACAAUGUCAGUUUCAGAAAUUCAUUUUUCCUUCCCUCUAAAAUAUAAAUAAACAUGAGCAAAAAAAAAAAAAAAAGAAAUUAGAACAAGAAAAAAAUGAAAUUGGUAUAGUGAUUUAUUGCCUGUGAAACAGAAGUAAGAACAUGAGCAAUUGUGGUUCAGUGAUUCACACAUUGGCUUUCACUCCCGUAAAUCCUCCCAUGCAUUCUUUAUAAUAAGCUAUCACUCUUUAUGAAUCAAAAGGAGAAGACAAGAGAUUUACGGAUAAAGAUGUGGAAGUGAGAGUCACUGAACCAUAAUUAAUGCUUUAAACAUAAACCAAAUUCAGAACCUGAAUGAUUUUAGCUUCAGGUGUACGUGGCACUGGGGCAAUAUUUAUGGUGUCAUAUUAUACUCGAAAGUACUCAUUAGAAAUAGACAGAAAAUUUAAGACAGAAAGCAUGACCUUGAGUUAACUUCUGAAAACGGACAAUAGCUAAUAUAUUUUUUACAGACAGUUAUUUUUUCUAUCCCUAAACAAAUUCACACUUCAUGUACAAUGGCCACAUGUUAGUUAAUGUCAACUCCAUGAUGGGAUAUAUAAAUUAAUAACCAUAUUGUCACCACCAUGUAGAAACAUUUCUGCUACUUUAGUGCUGGAAGUUGUCUUUCUAGAUUUGCAGCAAACUGUUGUCAAUUUGUUGGUGAUGUCACUUUUGUUUCACAAAGAGUCUCAAAUAUGUUGUGGUGAGUGGCAUGCCAUAUACAUCAUAUUAAAAAUGACCCUUCUUGUGCUUGUUACAGUGUUGUAUAGGAUCACUCUUUAGAGACUUUGAGAAACCCAAUGGAGGUCUUCAUGCUUGAGUGAACUUUCUUUACAAACACACUGGGCUAGCUAUAUCCAAACAGCAUGAGAAAAGUCUUUGUACCACGUUUUGUAAAAGGAUUAUAACACAAUAAGGAAUAUUAAUGGUCAAGCAAUCUGAGAAAAAACUGUCUAAAACUGCCAACUCAGCCAGCUAGGUAUGGUCAAACAGCACAGGAAAUUCAACAGUGCCAUAACGUUUCUUACUUCUGUGGAGAUCACAAAAGGCACUUCUCUCUUUAUCUCUUUUAAUCUGCUUUUGACUCUGAAUGGUUUUGCAUUGGUUGUGAGUACAGAAGGCAUGAUAUUCUAUGCAUCUGCAACAAUACUGGACUAUCUGGGUUUCCAUCAGACUGACGUUAUGCAUCAAAAUGUAUAUGAUUAUAUCCACGUGGAUGAUCGGCAGGAAUUCUGCAGGCAGCUUCACUGGGCUAUGAACCCUCAGCAGAUGGAAAUUGCACAGGAAUCUCAGACGGACACAGGAGAAGAUGUCUUCCUCAACAAACUUUUCGAAGCAGAAGAGUCUGAUUCUAGCCCUUCAGCAUAUUCAUCAUUUCUAAACCGAUGUUUCAUCUGCCGUUUCCGCUGCUUGUUGGAUAGCACUUCAGGGUUUCUAACAAUGCAGUUUGAGGGCAAACUGAAGUUCCUCUUUGGUCAGAAGAAAAAAGCAUCUUCGGGAACAAUUCAUCCACCGCAGAUGGCGUUUUUCUGUGUAGCAGUGCCACUUCUGCUUCCCCCUGUCACCGAGAUUAAAACAAAAAGCGUGCUUAUGAAGACACAGAAAAAACCUGGUGCGACUUCCAACUCGGAAAACACAACAAAACCUUUCCCAGGUGCAUAUGAAGUGGAGCAUGCUGGAAGAAACAGUCACCAGGGGACUUGCUUCCCUAACAUUUUACAUGAUCCAGAUAAUCAGAUUAAAUUAAUGAAUUCUGGUGAUAAUGGAAUUUCAUUUUUCAAAGUUCGAACAAAUGAAGACCAGUGGGUAUGGGUAGAAGCAAAUGCACCACUACGAUACAGGAAUGGGAGCUCAGACUAUAUCGUAGUUCCUCAACAAAGUGAAGAAGAGAUGAAGAAACAGGAUGGUGUACUUGGUUUGAAGGGAAAUAGAGAAGCAUCGCUAGGUAUCAAUGAUAUGCCAGCUCUCCUGAAACAUCAUCUCCCCUGGGGUAAACAGGAGAAAGAAGAUAUGAAAGUCAAGUUUCAGUCAAACAAGUGUGAUUCCUUUUUACAAGAAGAAACCAGUUUUUUCCAGAAACAGAUUUCUGCAUCCCAAAAUAGCUGCCCAAGUGGUGCAUGGGUAGGGAAAACUUCUGCCAGUUCCAGGAUAAAUCACCAACUUAUUGGUUCAUUUUCAGAUAGGAUAAAUAGGCCUUUCUAUAGUAUGGAUCAAAAUACUCCUGGAGUUCACAUGCUUGGCCGUCACCACCAUGGCAACACUGAACACUUCCAGUCAUACUCUGGUUUUCAGCAGCACACCUUAGACUCCUAUCCUGUAGAACAUAUCAAACUUGAAAGUCCUUUUGUAAAUCCAGAGGUACUUUAUGACUCAGGGUUACCUUUGACCAUGCCAAUCAAAACAGAAAAUGACUCUGAUUCAGAGGGCCAUCCAGAGCUUUAUUCUGAGUGCCAUACACAUGCUUGGCUAACUGAGAACAAUGGACUGAAAAAACAGUUAGACUUUUCAGAAGGUCUUCAUCUUAAAAUGGAAUCGGAUCUCAGUGAACAAACUUCUUGUUUAAAACCAAAGCAUUAUAUGCACUCCUCUCACAGAAGUCACUGCUAUGCAUCGGGCACGCACAUGAACCAUUUCAAUUCAGGAAGGCCAUUUAAAGGGAUUUAUAACAAAGAUGUAGGUCAGUUCUGCCCUCCAAAAUGUGCCUAUUUAGAAAGUGUGUUGAGUCUUCAAGGUGCAGAUGUUUCAAACAACCAGUUUUAUUCAGUGGCGACAGUAGAUGACAAGAGUACUGGUAACCACCCUUAUAAGCUUCAGUGUGAAUUCAAAACUCACAGCCUUGUUCAAAAUAUCAAGAGAGAGCCUCUUGAUUCACCUCCAUGGGUUGAGAGCCAACAGGAAGCGGUACAGGCUAUCUACCAAAAAAACACAUUGAUGGGUUUCUUGCCCAGCCAAAUGCCACGCAAUGCUGCAGAGUUUGCCUACAUUCAAUAAUUUUAUAUUUUUAUUUUAUAGCUAAGAAAAUAUAUUGCACUAUUUCAAGAUGAGGUCUUUUUUGUCUUUUUGUACUUUAAGGGGCACUUUUACUAGGGGUCGAAUUUCGAAGUGAAAAAACUUCGAAAUUCGACCAUCGAAUUGCAGUAGUACAAUAUUCGAAGUCUUUUUUGAUCGAAUGUGGCCAUAUGCGAUCGAAGUAAAAUCAGUCAAUUGAUUAAAUCCUUCGAUUCAAACUAUUCUAACUUUUUUCCAAAAAAAA